AUGGUGCUCUCGACGACUGCCUCUCUGGCGCGGCGAGAUAAUACGCAAGGCGCGGGAAAUGGUCAGAAGAGCGCAGGCAUUGGCAUUGUGAGCUUCUUGACUGCCAUCCUGGUCUCCGUCAUCAUUUUCUUUGUCCAGCUGUUGCUUUUUAUGCUUCUGCGGAAUAAACUGGCUCGAAUUUUCAAACCCAAGACGUAUCUCGUCCCCGAGCGUGAACGAACCGAAUCGCCGCCAAACAACUUCCUUGUUAUGAUCAAGACCUUGGUCAUGUACAAUGACCGUGAAGUUAUCAACAAAUGCGGCCUGGAUGCUUACUUUUUCCUGCGUUACCUAAAGACUCUGCUCAUAAUAUUCAUACCCAUCUGCGCCAUUGUGAUGCCCAUCUUGAUUCCCGUCAAUUAUGUUGGCGGUCGCGGACAUGAUAUCGAUUUUCACACCAACAGCACUGAUUCGGAUUCAAGCACCAACAGCACUGACCCUACCUUCGUGCCCACAGGCCUGGAUACUCUGGCUUGGGGAAAUGUCAAGGCAACGGAGACUAGUCGCUAUGCUGCUCACUUGGUGAUGGCAAUUCUUGUCGUGAUCUGGGUAUGCGGAGUCUUCUUCUUUGAAAUGCGCGCAUACAUCAAGGUCCGCCAAGAUUAUCUUACCAGUGCCGAGCAUCGACUCAGAGCUUCCGCAACAACGGUUCUUGUCAACUCAAUCCCCCCCAAAUGGCUUAGCGAGGAAGCGCUCUCCGGCUUGUUCGAUGUAUUCCCUGGUGGCAUUCGCAACAUCUGGAUCAAUCGUGAUUUGACAAGUCUCUUGGAUAAGGUCAACCUCCGGAACCAGAUUCACGCCAAACUUGAGGACGCCGAGACUGAACUGAUUCGAAGUGCCAAGAAAAAGCAGCUCAAGAAGAGAAAGGCCGAAGAAAAGAAGCAGAAUAAGAAAAUGUCCAAGAAAGAAAGGAUCAAUCGUCAAGCCGAAGAAGACGCUGAGGCCAAACGAAUGGCCAACAGUGGUGAAGGUACCAAUGAUGGAAAGCGCCAUCAUGUACCGCACACAGUCGCCGAGGGCGUUCGAGAGUCGCGGAUAGAAGGUAUGCAUCAAAGAAGACUCGAGAAACUGCACAACGUCCGGGAGGAGUCUGAGGAAUCUUCAGAUUCUGAUGACGACCGGGGGUCUCAUGUAUCCGACGGUAGCAGCGUAGCGGUACUCAAGAAUAUCAGAGGCGCCUUCAACAAGGCUGGCGACCAUAUGGAUGAAUUCGGCACAAAUAAUGGCUUCAUAACUUUGACACGCAAACAAACUCUCCCAGACGACGAAGAUACUCGAGGUUAUCAGUCUUUUGAAGCUAACCGAGCGCAUACGCAUUCGCGCGGAGGAUCUUUGGCUUCAGCAAAUUCCACAAGAGCUAUCCGCCAAGACGGUGUAACCACGGUGGAAGGAAACACGGUUCGAAAGCUCGAGAAUAUUGAUGACAUGUACAACAUGGAAGAACCGAAAUUCUGGGAAUUCUGGAAGACGCCUGCUGGUGGAUACGCCUCGCCGGUUCCUCAACAAAACGAGGGAAGGGAUUACAUUGGCAAGCAAGGAUCCGAGAAACGCACGGUCUGGCAGAAUAUAAAAGGCCUCCUCCCUUUCACGAGCGAAGGAGCGAUAGAGGAAGGCAACUACCCUGCCGUCUACUUUGAUCAGGACUACAAGGAGGAUGAGGAAGAAACUCAGGCAGAGUGGGCAAAAUAUCUUCGGAAAAAGGAUCGUCCCACUCAUCGAUUACCACCCUGGGGUGUAUCGUGGCUGCCUGGCCUCCCAUUGUUUAACAAAAAGGUCGAUACCAUUUAUUGGUGCCGAAAAGAACUGGCCCGACUGAACAUGGAAAUCGAAGAAGAUCAGCAGCACCCCGAGCGAUUUCCCCUAAUGAAUUCGGCCUUUAUACAGUUCAACCACCAAGUAGCUGCUCACAUGGCUUGUCAAAGCAUCAUUCACCAUAUCCCCAGACAUAUGGCACCGCGGGUCAACGAAAUUUCUCCUCGCGAUGUUAUUUGGAGUAACAUGGCUCUUUCGUGGUGGCAAGAAUGGCUUCGCACCGGUGCUGUCACUCUCAUUGUAGUGGCCAUGAUUAUCUUGUGGGCUAUUCCCGUCGCCUGGACGGCCGCCUUGGGUCAACUGGAUCAGCUUAUUCAGCAGACUUCUUGGCUUGCUUUCCUGAGAGAUAACUCGGCGCUUGAGAAUGCAGCCAAGGCUGUCGCUGGUGUUCUUCCGGCUGCGGUGCUUGCUCUGCUCUUGUUCCUUGUGCCGGUGAUCUUGAACGUUCUUGCGGAGAUCAAGGGUGCCAAGACGGGAGCUCAAAAGUCGGAAUUUGUGCAGAUCUUUUACUUUGCCUUUCUCUUCGUUCAAGUUUUCCUGAUUGUCUCUAUUGCGUCCUUCUUUGCUGCGUCUAUUGACAAGCUUGUCGACAACAUCACGCAGCUCGAUUCGGUCAAGGCUGUGCUGGACCUGCUUGCCACGAAUCUGCCAAAGGCUGCCAACUAUUUCUUCUCUUACAUGAUUCUUCAAGCCAUGUCUACGAGCUCUGGUACGCUGCUGCAGAUUGGAGCCCUGUUUGUGUGGUUCAUCUUGGCUCGGCUGUUCGACAGCACCGCGCGUAGCAAGUGGUCUCGAAACACGUCGCUGAACGAUGUCAACUGGGGGACGUUCUUCCCUGUCUACACCAACUUUGCUUGCAUCGCCAUCAUCUACAGUGUUGUUGCACCGCUCAUUUCAGUCUUUGCCGUCAUCACAUUUGGGCUCCUCUGGUUCGCUCAGCGCUAUUCCAUGCUCUACGUUACUCGGUUCGAAGUCGACACCGGUGGUGUGCUGUACCCUCGGGCAAUCAAUCAAACUUUUACGGGCAUCUAUGUCAUGGAGCUUUGCCUAGCGGGAUUGUUCUUCAUCGUGGUGGAUGACGAAGGCGUUCACACUUGCACGCCGCAUGGCAUCGUCAUGAUUGUUGUGCUGAUUCUUACCAUUCUCUACCAAGUUUUGUUGAAUAUCUCGUUUUCGCCUCUAUUCCGAUAUUUGCCCAUCACGUUCGAAGAUGAGGCAGUACUACGUGAUGAAGCCUUCCAGCGUGCUCAGGACCGCCGCUUUGGGCUUCUUGAUGAGUCGGACAAUGAAGGCGAUGAGGGCGAUGGGGGCGAUGGGAGACAAGGCGGUACAGCAGAGAAGACCUCUACCUCGAUGGAGAGCGGUGAAGACAUUGAAUUGAGCAACAUCCAGCACACAGGAAGGGGCAAAGUAAAUGUUCUCGCCAACCCUGUGAAGAAAGUGGGGACUUGGGCCAAGGGAGGCGGGAAACAAGUAGGAUCCUGGGCCAAAGGGGGCGGCAACCAACUGAAAAAGCUUGCCAUGAUGGAGACCAAUUCUCAGGCGGCCGAGUACCGACGAAAACAGCGAAGCAAAGAUAUCGAGGCCCAGCGCGCCAUUGGAGAAGCGCUAUUCGGGGGCAUCCACGACGAAAUCGAGGAUCUUACCCCUGACGAGAGAGAUCUCCUGGUCCGACAUGCCUUUCUCCAUUCGGCACUGCGAGCACGUCGACCUGUUGUUUGGAUUCCUCGCGACGACCUGGGCAUUAGCGAUGACGAGGUCCGCCGGACGAAGGAGUAUAGCGAGCAUAUAUGGAUCAGUAACGAGGGGACGGCGCUGGACAGCAAAGUGCGUGUGGUGUACGGCCGAUACCCGCCGGACUUUUCUGAGGUUGAUUUGAUUAAUUUGUGA